UUGUAUAUAGAUGUAAAUUUUCCGACACAACUUUUUUGGUCAGAUGCAGAGAAUUUAACGACAUUACCACAUCAUGUCAACAAUAGGCCAGGUGAUCAAGUGCAAGGCAGCUGUUGCUUGGGAACGUGGCAAACCACUUUGCAUUGAGGAUGUGGAUGUGGCUCCACCAAAGGUCCAUGAAGUCCGCAUCAAGAUCAUUGCCACAGGAGUGUGCCACACAGACUGGGAAUACCUGUAUGAGACUGAAAAGGGGAUGAAAUUUAGACCAUUCCCGUUAGUUCUCGGCCAUGAAGCAGCAGGAGUAGUGGAGAGUGUUGGUCCAGAAGUCACCAAAUUUUCACCAGGGGAUAAAGUUAUUCCCCUUUUUCUGCCUCAAUGUGGGGAAUGUAAACGAUGUCAGUGUCCUAAAACAAAUCACUGCAGGAAGAACUGGGAGAAUACACAAAUGGGUGUUUUAGCUGAUGGCACAAGCAGGAUAUCUUGCAAGCGGCAACAGGUGUUCCAGUUCCUGGGUGUCAGUUCAUUCUCUGAGUACACCGUGGUUCCCGACACAUCACUUGCAAAGAUAAGAAGCGAUGCACCACUGGACAAAGUUUGUCUGCUAGGCUGUGGUGUCUCCACUGGUUAUGGUGCUGCUGUUAAUACAGCCAAGGUUGAAAAAGAUUCCUUGUGUGCCGUGUUUGGCCUUGGAGCUGUAGGACUGGCCGCUGUCAUGGGCUGCCAGGUCGCUGGGGCAAAAAGGAUCAUUGGGGUCGACAUCAAUCCAGACAAAUUUGAGAAAGCCAAAGCAUUUGGAGCCACUGAAUGUGUCAACCCCAGAGAUCAUAGCAAGUCCAUCCAGGAGGUUCUGGUGGCGAUGACAGAUGGAGGUGUGGACUACGCUCUGGAGUGUGUUGGAAGUCCAGAUGUCAUGAGCGCUGCACUGGAGUCUACAGCAGAUGCCUGGGGCACCUGUGUCAUUGCUGGGUGGACUGAGACAGAAGAAAUGAAGGUCAAGGUUUUAAAGAUCCUCAUGGGGCGCACCUUGAAGGGGACUUAUUUUGGAGGUGAACCUAAGAUGAGGUCUAUUAAUAAACUGGUGGACGACUACAUGAACAAAAAGCUGAAGCUGGAUGAGUUUGUCUCCUACAGCCUACCCCUGGAUCAAAUCAAUGUGGCCUUUGGCCUUUUGAAAAGUGGGAAAAGUAUCCGUACUGUAAUCAAUCUGUGAAACUCAAGAGGAGGCUAAACCUAAAGACCUUUAUAAGAAGAAGGAUUGACAUUCAAUGUCAUUGUAAUAACAUUCUGCAUACAGCUGUGGUAUAUUUAUGAAAUGUAUUUUUUUCUUAUACAAUGAAUAUUUUCCCCUCCCUGACUUUGUAGCAAAUGACCACAUUUGCCACUAGAUGGCGGUGUUAUACCAUGUGAAAGACUCUGUUAGUUUCUAAUAAUAUCUAAUGUCUAACUUUUUAUGGACCUUUCUAUCUGCAAAGAAUUCUGUAUUUUUAUUCAGUUUUGAGGUUGUUUUGUUCUUGUUUUCAAAGAAAUGAUCACCAUGCAAUAUUAUGUGCAUUUAUGUAACAUAUAGCGAAUGCAGUUCAUGGACAAAUGCAGCGUCUGCAUCGAGACAAAUCUACAUCUGUCGUACUUGGCCUACGGUGAAUAAGGUCCUGAUAUCAAUAUGGCAUGACACUGGGAAUAAAAUUUUUAAAGAAGAUGGUGGACACAAAACCAAAUGACUGAAUCUUUCUACAACCAUGUUGAAAUAUCUGCUUUUUGGAGUCAGGUUUACCAGAUUUUGGUCUUGGUAAUAUUGUAUAUUGAUUUAAUAUGGAGUUGACAAGAAGGGCUAAAAUAUCCUUUGUGGGCUGUCAGGACAGAAAACUGUUUGGGGAAUGACUCCUGGUGAAGAAUUGAAAUAGCUGUAGAAGUUUUUUAUUUUAUUUUAUCAAGUCCCAUUCAGAUCAGAUGAACAGCCUUAGGAUUUUGUUAUGUCUGUCCAUUUUUU